ACGAGACUGGUUUUCUUCUAACAACUCCAGUUAUUUAGAAAAUAUCAAGAUAACAUUGAUAGGCGAAAGUAGACGUAGACAAUUUUUUGUAAAAAUUUCCUGCCGUCAUUUUUAUGAAUUAUGACAGCUGAAGUUAUGGCAGCAAAUGAUACACACUGGGAUCCGGCUCUUUCCAAGCUGAUAACUUCACUAAAAGAAGCUGAAAGUCUUUCCAAUGAUCAAGAAAUUGAUUUUCUGCAAACGCUACUGGAAUCCAAGGAACUAAAUGCUUUGGUCAAUGUGCACAGUAAAGUGGCCAAGGUGGGGAAGGAUGAUCGUUUGGCACCCAUACUCUCAACAUCAGGGAUGAUAAUGUGUGAAGUGUUGGAACAAUUAUCACAGCAGUGUCACCUCAAUGAAGAUUGCCGUGAGGCAUUUCAUCUACUACAAAAACCGCAUUUACAAAGUCUUCUUUAUGCCCACGAUGCCAUUGCUCAAAAGGAUUUCUAUCCACAUCUUCCCGAUUUACCCAUUGAAAUGGAUGAAGAUGAGGAGACCAUUAAAAUUGUUCAAUUGGUUAAAAGUAAUGAACCCUUGGGUGCCACCAUUAAAACCGAUGAAGAAUCGGGUAAAAUUAUAAUAGCUCGAAUUAUGCAUGGUGGUGCGGCUGAUCGCUCGGGACUUAUACAUGUCGGCGAUGAGGUCAUAGAAGUCAAUGGUAUUAAUGUUGAAGGUAAAACACCGGGAGAUGUGCUAAGUAUACUGCAAAAUUCGGAAGGCACCAUUACAUUCAAGUUGGUGCCGUCUGAUGGCCGAGGCGCCCAACGUGAGUCGAAAGUACGUGUCCGUGCCCAUUUCGAUUAUAAUCCUGAAGUCGAUCCCUACAUACCGUGUAAAGAAGCUGGCUUAGCAUUUCAGCGUGGUGAUAUUUUGCACAUCGUAUCACAGGAUGAUUCAUACUGGUGGCAAGCUCGUCGCGAAUCUGAGCGUACAGCUCGUGCCGGUCUAAUUCCCAGUCGUGCCUUGCAAGAAAGACGUAUUAUACACGAACGGACGCAACGUGAAAUUGGCGAUGGUGAAUCGAAAAAGGGUUCAUGUACCUCCAUAUGUUCCACACCGCCUGGUUCACCUAGAUUACGUUCUAGCAGUAGUACCUCAUCGUGUCGACAACCGAAAACUAAAAAAAUCAUGUACGAUUUAACAGAGAACGACGACUUCGAUCGGGAGCUGAUUGCCACCUAUGAAGAAGUAGCCAAACUAUAUCCACGUCCAGGCAUUUAUAGACCGGUGGUAUUAAUUGGGGCGCCCGGCGUCGGACGCAACGAGCUGAGGAGACGUUUAAUCGCUCGUGAUCCUGAGAAAUAUCGUAGUCCAGUACCAUAUACCACACGUCCCAUGCGCACCGGUGAGGUGGCCGGUCGUGAAUACAUUUUCGUUAGCCGCGAAAAAAUGGAAGCCGACAUUGAGGCUGGCAAAUUCAUUGAACACGGUGAAUACAAGGGCCAUUUGUAUGGCACCUCAGCGGAAAGUGUCAAAUCAAUUGUCAAUGCCGGCUGUGUUUGUCUACUGAGUCCCCAUUAUCAGGCGAUUAAGGCCUUGCGAACAGUACAACUGAAACCCUUCCUUAUACACAUUAAACCACCGGAAUUCGAUGAACUGAAGAAGACUCGUACAGAUUCGAGAGCCAAAUCGACAUUUGAUGAAUCGAAUGCAAGAGGUUUUACGGAUGAAGAAUUCAAUGACAUGAUUAAAUCAUCGAUUCGCAUCGAUUUCCUCUAUGGCCACUUUUUCGAUGAAGAAAUUAUCAAUGCCGAUUUGGUGACAGCAUUCGAAAAGCUUGUAAAUAUCGUGCAAAGAGUUGAAACGGAACCGUUGUGGGCACCCUCAUCCUGGGUGCAAUAAGAUCU